AUGGCCUCCGACGCCUCAUCGGUCUCUCCCGACGAGCUCUACGACUCUACCAUGACGGUCCCUUCCGACUCGGAAAACUACUCUGCCAACCACGAGAUGUCAUCCUCGACACAUUCAAAUGAGAGCUCCCCCAUAAUUCUCUACCAGCCCCCUAGCGUUUGGGGACUCCUGCGCGGUGCGGCUAUCAACCUGUUCCUCCCCUUUGUCAACGGUCUGAUGCUUGGCUUCGGCGAGUUGUUUGCGCAUGAGGCUGCUUUCCGACUUGGCUGGUCUAAUACCAAGAUUUUCCCCAACUACCGCCGGUCACACCCCGUGGGCCCUGGUGUCGAGAUGCGGGAGCUUCCCUCGGAGCGCAGACGGCCUGGAUUGAGGGACACUGCCUCGUUGGAAUGA